CAGCAACCUCAACAGCAACCUCAACAGCAACCUCAACAGCAACCCCAACAGCAGCCCCAACAGCAGCCCCAACAGCAGCCCCAACAGCAACCUCAGCAGCAACAGCAGCAACAGCAAGGUCAAAGGAAGCCUAAUAUGGGCACGCAACUGAACCAGCAGAAUACGGAAAGAUUUUUGGAUUUGGUAGAGCAAUACAUGAAGAGGAUAAACAAACCCUUCAAUAGAUAUCCUGUGAUUGGCGGAAUAAAGAUAAACCUCUUCAUAUUCUACUACAUGGUCACUUUUGUUGGUGGUUUCAUUAAAGCCUUCCAGGAGCAAAAGUUCCCUUUAGUGGCAAACCAAUUGGGAAUUCCAGUUUCUAAUCAAAAGCUUUACAACGAGUUUUUGCAAACCUACUAUAUCAACCUUUUACCUUUCGAGCAAUAUGCUCGGACUGCAGAUGGCAUGAAAGAAGCAGGCCGCAGACAAGCACAGGCCCAAGCACAGGCCCAAGCACAAUCUGCUAAAGCCAGGGUGCUUUCCGGUGUCAGUCCUCAUUCGGCAGGUCCUGAAGGAUCUUCAAGAGUGCAAAGUAAUAAUUUUGCGACAAGGCUCACAAAUGGAAAAAAUUCUACAGAACGUUUAAAAGAAGUCACAAACCCUGACGUUUUGAAAAACUAUCUACCUUAUACUUUUAUUCAGGAUAAACCAGGUGGCGUUGAUAUAAUUAAUAUUGAGCGUCUGGGUGAACAGCUGGAUGAUAUGAAGCCAGUCUUUUUAUAUUUUCCUGAAUUGGGAAAAGUUGACAUAAAAGCUUUGGCACUUUCUAUAUCUUCGGGAAUCACCGCAGAAAUCAACGUGGCUUUGAAUAUUCUUUUGAUAAUCAGUUCCGACCCUAAUAUUCAAAUUCCAUUUGAGCAAUGCACAAUUCUUCUUGACAGUCUGUCUUUACUUGGAAAGAAUAUUAUCGAGACCUUGGCGACGCCAAACUCUGAUUAUAAGUUGGAGAGUAGUAAAGAGAGCAACAUUGAAAGCAUGUCUCAUAAAAGUCGGAUAGACAAAGUUUUUGAGAAAUAUUCAAAAGGCCACAACAGCUCAGAUUAUACCAUUCAAGUAGAUUCAUUCACGUCUCAAAUUGUGAUAAACCCAGCCCGCUCCCUUGAUGAAAACAAAAAAGUUCCCAACUUCAUUACAAUAGAAGGUGAAAUCUAUGACUCUCCGUACUCUAGUUUAAUGUCCGAUUCUUUUCACCAAUUUGAGAUCCCAAAGUACCUGCAUAUGCUUCAUGAAUGUCGUGCUCAAGCUGAUGAUCUCGGUUUCAACAUUUACAAAAAAUCCUAUCUCGAUAAGCAAGUUGUCCUUAUCGAAGAGUUGAGCACCAUCUCUUUGAUUUUUAGAAACUUGUCCUUUGCAGGAAAUAACAAUUUAGUGCUUGCCACAAGCGGUAAGUACUUGGAUUUCAUAUUUACUCUCAUUUACGCCACUAUCGCCAAACGUGACAUAUUUUUGUUUGCAAGGAAAAGACUUUCGUUCAUGAAAGAUUCCUUGACAGUUUUCUCAAACAUCAUACAUGCAGUAGAUGUAAGAUCAGACAUGGAAAUGUGGUUGAUUCUUGCUUUGACUUUUUCCUUCAGCUCAACUUUGAAUGAGCAUGAAAAAGAAUUAUGCUUCAUGACUUCGAAGGUUGAGCCUGUGAUAGACAAAUAUCAUGCUCAUUCAGUAGAUAUCCUUAGUAAAGUUAUCUGUGGCUCAUUUGUCAAUAAGAAGAAGCUAAGUAAUAUCCUGACAGGAAAAGCGUCAGACAAAAACGUCAUAACGAUGAUAACUAUGAAUUUUGGAGAUACCUGCUUUGAGGAUGGCUUGCUUUUGAAGUCUACAUUUUCAUUAUUUGUUUCAGUACUACCAACCAUAAGAAUCCAUCAAGGAAUUGAAUGCUUCAGUGAAAUAUUCCAGACUUGUUUGGAAUCUUUGCUUGGUUGUUUGACCCUUACCGAAAUUCUGGAAAAUGGCAGCACUUUCAAAAGAAAUGUUGCUCUUGAUAUUCUCACUUCUCCUGAAAGUUUAGGUAUGAUUUUACAGCACCUAUCUUUUGUCUAUGCUGCUAUUUAUGUCAACACCAAGGAUAGUUCCUCAGAAGUACAGGCUUUAAUGUCUGCACGCUGUGCCGAGCUUGCAAAUAACUUGAUAGAGUGCGCUAUUAACUAUGCAGUUACAAAUGAGACAGUUGAUGAAGAUUUAACCAAACUAUGUGGUGUCUCUCGCUUAUUGGGGAGCAUGGAGAAUGUUAUUAGUAUGCUAAUGACUGUGAGGAUGCCACAGCAAAUAUCUGAGCAAGUGGUUAGAACUCUGAACAUUUCCAAUAAAUUA